AUGGCUGGGCACACUGAAGAGAACGCACAGCUCCUGUCAACAGAGCAGGAGUCUGUUUCACGGCAUUCAUCAGAUUCUGCGGCCUCGACUGCUUCGACUACAAGUCUGGUUUUCGAUCGCAUCGGCGAACGUGUAGCUGCGAAUCGGUCUGAGAAAUCGAUGAUGGUGACACCCAAGUUUCCUCCUCGAGGGGAGAUGGCGUAUGCGGACGAUGAACAUACGCAGAUACAUUUAGAUGAAGAAGAAGAGAAAGACUACGAUUUAGAGGACAGCGCGUUUCUUACAAAUGGGGCUACAAACAAGUCGGUGGAUAAGAAAUUGAGAAAGCUGAUAUGGAUUGUUGGGGGAGUGUUCAUUGGAGCCUGGGUGCUGGCCCUGUUUAUAUUCUUAGGGAAACAGGCGUACAAACAUUCAUCGGAAAUUCCCCACGAUCCACAGGCAACAUCCUCGAGAGGUAAUGGGAAGAAGGUCACAAUGGAUCAGGUUAUGGGUGGUCAAUGGAGAGCGACUAAACAUAGCAUAAGUUGGAUUGCAGGAGCCAACGGGGAGGAUGGGUUGCUACUCGAGCAAGGUUCGGCCGGAAAGGAUUAUUUGAUUGUGGAAGAUGUCAGAACCCAGAAUCCAGAGACUGUAGGGACCUUAGACAGGAUGACUUUGAUGAAGGACGGAUCUUUCACAGUUGCUGGUAGAAGUUUGUACCCAAGCAAAGUAUACCCGAGUAAGGAUUUGAAGAAAGUCCUGGUAGCGACAGACGUCCAGUCAAAUUGGAGACAUUCCUUUUAUGCAAAAUAUUGGAUCUUCGAUGUCGAAUCCCAAACCGCGGAACCAUUAGAUCCGGUGGAUCUAGAUGGGCGAGUUCAAUUGGCAAGCUGGAGUCCGAAGAGUGAUGCCAUCGUUUUCACUCGGGAUAAUAACAUGUAUCUUCGAAAACUAUCAUCACCAACUGUUAUCCAAAUAACCACUGAUGGUGGCCCGGAAUUCUUUUACGGUGUACCUGAUUGGGUAUAUGAAGAAGAGGUUUUUGCCGGAGCCAGUGCGACAUGGUGGGAUGACAGUGGGAAAUAUAUUGCAUUCCUCCGUACCAAUGAAUCUGAAGUACCUGAGUAUCCAAUUCAAUACUUCGUUUCAAGACCUAGCGGAAAGGAACCUUUGCCAGGAGAGGAGAAUUAUCCAGAAGUCAGAGAGAUCAAAUAUCCCAAAGCCGGUGCUCCAAAUCCUACUGUUGACCUUUUGUUUUAUGACAUUUUCAAGGCAGAAGUAUUUGAAGUCACAAUUGCAGGUGGCUUUGAGCCAAAGAACUUGUUGAUUACAGAGGUAGUUUGGGCUGGUUCGACAGGUAAAGCUUUGAUUCGUGAAACGAACAGAGAAAGUGAUAUUUUGCGAGUUGUCCUCGUUGAUGUUGUGGCUCGAGAGGGGAAAACAGUGCGAUACACAGAUAUCAACAAGCUCGAUGGUGGAUGGUUCGAGGUCUCCGAGGACACUCGCUAUAUUCCUGCAGAUCCUGCAAACGGACGUCCCCACGAUGGAUACAUUGACACCAUCAUCCACGAAAACUAUGAUCAUUUAGGGUAUUUUACACCAAUGGAUAAUCCAGAGCCUAUACUUCUCACAUCCGGCAACUGGGAAGUGGUACAGGCGCCUUCUGCCGUUGAUCUCAAGAACAAUCUUGUCUACUUUGUUUCUACAAAGGAGUCACCAAUUACAAGACAAGUAUACAGCGUCAAAUUAGAUGGUACAGAUAUGAAAGCGAUUACAGAUACUUCGAACGAAGGUUAUUAUGGAGCCUCAUUUUCCAAGGGAGCUGGAUACGUACUCCUUAAUUACAAUGGUCCAGGUAUUCCGUGGCAAAAAGUUAUCAGCACUCCCAGUAAUGGCAACCAAUAUACGCAUACCAUUGAGGAGAACAAAGGAUUGGCUGAAAUGGCAAAGAAACAUGACUUACCUAUUCUCAUUUACCAAACUGUUACGAUUGACGGAUUUGAGUUGCAAGUUGUGGAGCGUCGACCACCUCAUUUCAAUCCAAAGAAGAAGUACCCGGUGUUGUUCUACCUUUAUGGUGGUCCGGGAUCUCAGACUGUUAGCAAGAGCUUCAAUGUUGACUUUGAAUCUUACAUUGCCUCAAACCUUGGAUACAUUGUCGUAACUGUUGAUGGCCGUGGCACAGGAUUCAUCGGAAGAAAAGCCCGAACCAUAAUUCGUGGGAACAUUGGCCACUACGAAGCACGUGAUCAGAUUGAGACUGCUAAAAUUUGGGCCAGCAAAAAGUACGUUGAUGCAUCAAGAAUGGCUAUCUGGGGAUGGUCAUACGGUGGUUUCAUGACAUUGAAGACUCUGGAAGAAGAUGCUGGAGAGACAUUUUCUUAUGGCAUGGCUGUUGCGCCAGUCACCGAUUGGCGAUUCUACGAUUCUAUUUAUACCGAAAGAUACAUGCAUACUCCUCAACACAAUCCUGGCGGAUACGACAAUACAAGCAUUAGCAAUGUGGAGGCGCUCUCCAAGAAUGUCCGUUUCUUGGUCAUGCACGGUGUCGCGGAUGAUAAUGUGCAUAUGCAGAAUACCCUCACUUUAUUGGACAAACUCGAUCUUGCCGGGGUUGAAAAUUAUGAUGUACAUGUUUUCCCUGACAGCGAUCAUUCUAUCUAUUUUCAUAACGCGAACAGAAUUGUUUACGAUAAACUUAAUAACUGGCUCAUCAAUGCCUUCAAUGGAGAAUGGUUGCGCACUGCAAAUGCUGUACCUUUACAAAUUGAUGCGGCUAAAGUAUGA